AUGGCCGUGGCGCGCGGCGCACUAGAGGCGCUGCUGCUGGCGCUCGCAGGCGCUGCUGCAGGCGCAGCGGGGCGGCUGCUGUGCGUGAUGGGCGUGGGGCCGUUGUCGCCCAUGCGCGCGCCCGCCCGCGGUGGUGCUGUUCCUCACGGCGCAGCGCAGGGCGUGUUUCGCGGGCUCAAGGACACGCACACCCCGCUCGCUGCCUCUGUGAGUGGCAACGUGGUGAGCAUUCUGUUGGACCCGGCGGGCUCGGGGUGCCAGGCGCAGCGGCAGCCACGGUGGCAGCACAGUGGGUUGCUACUGGGGCGCACAGUGGCGCUGCUGGGGGCGAUGGCGGUGGGGACGAGCAUGGUGGCGAGGCAGGCCACGGUGCCCAUGGGCACGGUGCCUAGGGCGGCUCACCAGCUCGCCCUGCAGCUCUGCCUCGCCGCCUCCCUGCUCUCCGUCUCCGUUGCCCUCGCUGCUCAGGUGCGCCCAGGUGGAUCCUCUGGUGGUUUUCCAGUUUCUCUGUUCCUGUGUGCGUUCCCUCGUAUGCAUGCAUGUGCCUAUAUGCUCAUGUCUGAUGGCGUGUGUGAUGGCAUGUGUGAUGGCGUGUGUGAUGGCGUGUGUGAUGGCGUGUGUGAUGGCGUGUGUGAUGGCGUGUGUGAUGGCGUGUGUGAUGGCGUGUGUGAUGGCGUGUGUGAUGGCGUGUGUGAUGGCGUGCGUGAUGGCGUGCGUGAUGGCGUGCGUGAUGGCGUGCGUGAUGGCGUGCGUGAUGGCGUGCGUGAUGGCGUGCGUGAUGGCGUGUGUGAUGGCGUGUGUGAUGGCGUGUGUGAUGGCGUGUGUGAUGGCGUGUGUGAUGGCGUGUGUGAUGGCGUGUGUGAUGGCGUGUGUGAUGGCGUGUGUGAUGGCGUGUGUGAUGGCGUGUGUGAUGGCAUGUGUGAUGGCGUGUGUGAUGGCGUGUGUGAUGGCGUGUGUGAUGGCGUGUGUGAUGGCGUGUGUGAUGGCGUGUGUGAUGGCGUGUGUGAUGGCGUGUGUGAUGGCGUGUGUGAUGGCGUGUGUGAUGGCGUGUGUGAUGGCGUGUGUGAUGGCGUGUGUGAUGGCGUGUGUGAUUGCGUGUGUGAUGGCGUGUGUGAUGGCAUGUGUGGCGCCAUGUCUAGGGCGAGCCCGGUUGUGGAAGCCACGACGGCAUCGGAGGGCGGCUCGAGCGAGAGACGAACAGACGCGGGCCUUGCGGGGGAGCGACCCGCGCAGUCCGCGCGAGGGGACGGAUCGGCGCGGAGGCCAGCAGCGGAAUCGAGAGAGACGGGCGCAGAGGAGAGAAAAAACGAGUUAAGUGACGACGAGAGGGCGGAGGCGAAGGAGGAAGCAGGUUUGGAGAUGGAAGAGGAGGAGGAGGACAGCUUUCUGGCGCACUGGUCGUGGGCGGGGUGGGUGCGCGACGUCGUCGAGCUGCGCUUCCUCGAAGACGAGACCGCCGUCCGCCGCCCCAUGCCGCCACUUCCGCCCCAAUACCCCGGUGCGCGCGCACUCGCACAGCGAUCCCGCUGCGGUCUUGCCCCGCUAUUCCGCUGCGCACUCGCUCCCGCUGUUACUGCGCCGUCCGCGCGGGCGAGCGCGCGCGGGAUACUGGCGGGGGACGCGGGGUACGUGCGCGCGCUGGGGGAGGUGGCGCGGUGGUGGGCGGAGAGCUGGCGCGUUCCGCUGCAGUACGAGUACGACCCUGCUGACGUGGCACACUACUUCAACCGCCGCCCGCACAUCGUGCUGCUGCGCACGCUCAAGAUCUCGGUGCUGCUGGCAGCGACGUGGGUGCAGGUGGUUCGGGACACGGGCGCCAUACGGGCGAGGGAGGCGGGGGGAGUGAGUGCGGGGGAUGAGCGCAUCGCCGCCAUCCGCCAGCACAGCGCGCUCAAGCUCAAGCGCACGCUGCUGCGCCUCGGCCCCACCUUCAUUAAGGUGGCGCAGUCGCUGUCAGCGCGGCCGGACGUGGUGGGGCCCGACACUGCCAAGGUGCUAGCGGAGCUGCAGGACCGGCUGCCAGCGUUCCCAUCGGAGGACGCCAUGUUGGUGAUCGAGAGGGAGCUGGGCCGCCCCGCUGCUGCGCUCUUCCUCCUCCUCUCGCCCACCCCUGUCGCUGCCGCCUCAUUUGGCCAGGUGUACAAGGGGCGCACGCGGGACGGCAUGCGAGUGGCGGUGAAGGUGCAGCGGCCCCGAGUGCUCUUCCUCGUCGCCAGAGACAUUCACAUCCUGCGCAUGCUGCUGCGGGCAGUGAGGCGCGUGGCGGGGAUAAACACGGACCUGGCAGCAUUGGCGGACGAGUUUGGGAGGGGGCUCUAUGGCGAGCUGGACUACCGCCAGGAGGCCAGCAACGCCACUCUCUUCGCUAAAGCCCACGCGCAUCUACCAGGCAUCACGGUCCCCGCUAUACGGUCAGACCUGACCUCGCGGCGGGUGCUGACGAUGCAGUGGGUGGAGGGCGAGCGCACCAGCGACCUGCUCGCCCAGGCUCAGGGCGUGCUGGGGGCCGCUGGGGGGGAGGAGGCACGGCAGCGCGCCAAGCAGAAGCUGCUGCAGAUGGUGGGCAUAGGCGUGGAGUCAUCACUGGAGCAGCUGCUGGUGACGGGAGUGCUGCACGCCGACCCGCACCCAGGCAACCUGCUGCUCACACCACAAGGCCAAGUCGCCUACCUGGACUUUGGCCUGCUGUGUCGCAUGGAGAGGCAGCACCAGCAGGCAAUGCUGGCAGCGGUGGCGCAUCUGGUGAACGGCGAGUGGAGCAUGCUGGCAGCCGACCUCGCUGCCAUGGACGUGCUUAAACCCACCACUGACAGGCGCGCGCUCACCAUGGCGUUGGAGGAGGCGUUUGGUCGCGGCCGACAGAGAGGGGCCGCUUCAGGAGGCGCCCCCACCAUGCAGUUCGGACAGGUGACGAGUGAGCUAUGGCGCAUGGCGCUGCGCUUCCGCUUCCGCCUCCCCCCCUACUACACUCUCGUGCUGCGCUCCCUUGCCUCGCUCGAAGGCAUCGGCGUGGCAGUGGACCCGUCCUUCCGAGUGUUCGCCUCAGCCUACCCCUACGUGGUGCGCCGCCUCCUCACUGACAGCUCGCCCUCCUCGCGCCACGUGCUGCGCCAGCUGGUGCAGACACGAGAGGGCAAGCUGCGCUGGGAGCGAUUCGCCUCCUUCGCUGCCAGCUCCACACAAGCCCAGCGCGACCUGGUGGCAUCACUGGCCAUGCCGUCCCUGCAAUCCCCCAUCCCCGGCAUGCCCCCCAUGCCCGGCGCCUCCCCACUCUCCGCCUCCUCCGCCGCCACUGCUGGCGCCGCCUCUCCCCGCGCCACGCCCAGCCCGGCAGCACUGGUGAUGGAUGUGCUGCUCUCCCGACACGCUGCCAGUGCGCGCCGAGUCAUCCUGGAGUCGGACAUGCGUGCGCUAGCAGAGGCAUUCGUAUCCCCAGAAGCAGAAGUGGCACGGGACAAGCUGGCGAGAGUGGUGGCAGACGCACUGUGCGCAUCAUUAGGUGUGGCCCAACUGCCCCUCGACGCCAUCACCGCCUCCCAGCUCUCCUCCUCGCCCACCCGCCUCCUCGCCCCCUCUCCCCCUCCCCCCCUGCCUGCUGCCGCUCUGGGCUUCGCCAAUCAGAGACAGCCACCUGGGAGUGUGGGAGUGGCUGGUUUGUCCGGUAGUGGCAGUGGGGAAGAUAGUGGGAGUGAGAGUGAGUGGGAGGAGAGGGAGGGGAGGGCGACAGCAGCGGAGGCGGUGGCGAGGAGGAAGCGGCUGUGGCUGUUGCUGGGAGCGGCGUUUGGGCGCAUGGGAGGCAGUGUGGUGCUCAAGGUGAGGGUGGUGCUGGCAGCGCUGGCUGUGCUGCUCGCUGCACUGGGCAUGGCGUUGAAGAGAGUGCUGGUGGAUGCAGCAACGCGCUUCAGGCGCCUCACCUCCCAUUGGCUGCCCUCUCAAGUCGACCCCGCGGCCGACCAACCUGCUUAUGCCACGUAG